AUGCAGCCCUCAGAACGCCACGAUGAACAUAGUAACGAGUCUCCACUAAACAGCGAGAAUUUGUCAGAGUCUGCCCCUUCCUCCACCAUAAUACCUGUCUCCACACUUGAGUCUUUCCACAACUUUUUGCGAUCGCCAAAUUGCAAAACCAUACUUGCUCUUGUCGGGGCCGGGCUGUCUGCCUCGUCUGGAUUGUCCACAUUCCGUGGAUCCGGCGGACUGUGGAAACAAUACAACGCAAUCGACCUAGCCACUCCCGAUGCGUUUCUCGACGAUCCGGGCCUGGUAUGGCAGUUUUAUGCCUAUCGCAGACACAAGGCCUUGCAGGCGCAGCCGAACCUCGGCCACUACGUGCUAGCAGAGCUCAGCAAACUCACAAACAUCAACUUCCUUACAAUUACACAGAACGUGGACGGCUUAUCUCAGAGAAGCCACCAUGUGCCAGAGAAAUUGCUCGAAUUUCACGGGUCGCUGUUUGGGAUGCGAUGCACGAACUUUAGCUGCUCCUACGAGGAGAAGAAUAACUAUAAAGACCCGUUGUGCGAAGCUUUGAGAGUGGAUAGUUUCGACCAGACCGAAGUCUUGCCGUUUCUUGACGAGCAGGUCCUCCCGCACUGUCCCGCAUGCAAAGUUGGCCUGUUGAGGCCGGCCGUGGUGUGGUUUGGAGAGUCGCUGCCUCUGCACAUGAUCGACAAGGCGGACGAGUUCAUAGUGCGAAACAGGGUGGACCUCGUGCUGGUGAUAGGAACAUCUCGAGCGGUGUGGCCGGCGGCAUCGUACGUGGACAUUGUCAGGAACCAGGGAGGAAAAAUUGCCAUUUUCAACACCGAGCCGGACAGCGACGAAGAGGACUGCUGGCAGUUUAUAGGAGACAGCGCAGAGACCUUGCCUGUGGCUAUGGAGCCGCUGAUCGGCAAGCUCAGCCCAGAUACUUCCAUAUCAAAUACAUCACGUACAAUGUGA